CUCAUUACCAGAUCGUAUCGAACCAACGCGGAAAUGAGACGAAACGUAUUAAUUUUAUUAUUUUUUGUGUAUUGCUCCAAUUUUAGAUUCACAGGAGCAAUAAUACCGAAAGUUUGCCUCAAUAACUCGACUUGUUUGCUUGGAAAAUUUAUGCUCGGCUAUCAAACCAGUCUAUUUGAAGCCUUUUUAGGCAUACCAUAUGCCAAACCGCCCCUUGGUGAUUUGCGAUUUAGUAAUCCAGUAGAAGCAGAACUUCGGAACGGCACAAUUUUAACGAAAAUUCCGAAACCAAAUUGCAUACAAAAAAAUUAUGUCCAGACUGCGGCACCAAUUACCGGCUCAGAGGAUUGCCUCUACUUGAAUGUUUACCGUCCCAAGAACUACACUUCUAAAAAUUUGCCAGUUUUGUUCUACAUUCACGGUGGUGGAUUUUUCAGUGGAUCGGCAAGUCCUUUCGUCGAAGGGCCGGAAUACUUUAUGGAUACAAACGAAGUUAUAUUGGUUGUGCCAGCUUAUCGUUUGGGCCCAUUUGGAUUCCUCAGUACGAACGAUGAAGAAAUGCCGGGAAAUUUCGGUCUAAAGGACCAGAAUUUAGCACUUAAAUGGGUUAACACACAUAUUUCCGCUUUCGGUGGAAAUUCCUCACGUGUAACUAUUUUCGGCCAUAGUGCUGGUGCUGCAUCUGCACAUUUCCAUAUGGUGAGCCCUGCCUCAAAAGGUUUAUUCCAAGGCGCCAUUUUGAUUAGUGGUGACGCAAACGCACCAUAUGCCAAGCCCGUGCCGGAUCCGAAAACUCAAGCCAUUGAAUUGGCGCACUUUGCCGGUGUCAAAGGGGCUGCUGGCCUAAACACUACUGAGCUGGUUAAGGCGUUACGAAAAAUAAAUAAAGUUACAUUACUCUCAGCUAUCGAUAAGUUGAAAAUUAGCAAUUCCUAUCCAUUAGUAACUUUCCGUCCCAACACCGAAGACUCAAAUUGGCCGAAUGCAUUUUUAACAGAAGAAGCAUUUGCCACUCUUUCCGGCGAUUUUAAUUCCAUAACCGUUCCAACGAUUAUAGGUAAUGUACCUGCAAAGGGUGAAGGUAUGGUCCUAGCACUUCGUCUGGCAAGUAAUCAACAAUUGCGAAAUAAAUUCAAUAGCAAUUUUAAACCGUUGUUGAGUGCAAUAUUGGACAUACCAGAGGUAGAGGCUUCAGACGCAGUACUCGAAAAGUUAGUCUCAGUGUAUAUGCAAGGGACAUAUUAUUUGAAUGACUAUACAUUGAAUGGAUUUUUGGAGCUUUUAGGUGAUGCGAAUUUUAUUUAUCCUGCCUACAGAACCAUUAAAUCUAGUUUCAAUAGUGGGAACUCAUGUACAGACACAGCAACUACUGAAUCUGCAACCGCGACGACGGAUAUUUCCACUUCCCAAACUUCGAGUGCAACCGCGACGACGGAUAUUUCAACUUCCCAAACUUCGAGUGCAACCGCGACGACGGAUAUUUCUACUUCCCAAACUUCGAGUGCAACCGCGACGACGGAUAUUUCAACUUCCCAAACAUCGAGUGACGCAGCCGAUAUUUGUCCAGUAAAUGCUUUUUACGCUGAUGCUGUCAUUGGGCCUGAUGAGUUAGAUUCAGAUAUCUCACGUGAGUCGGCGGUUAAUUUGUCGUCAGACAAUACGCAGGAUUCAUCUUCAGAUGCCACGGCUGAGUGUUUAUCAAAUGUGAUUGGAAUUAUAAAAUUCGAUUACAGUGGCCCAUAUUCAUUUUCUAAAAUAUAUACUGGCAGCUAUAAAAACUUUAGUACUGCUCACGGCGAUGAUUCACUAUUCCUGUUCAGGGCAUCGCAAACCUUCCCUUCGGGUUAUGCGAAAACAUCUCCAGAGGCAGCUUUGGUUAAACGCUAUGUGGAUCUUUACGUGGAAUUUGCCAAAACUGGGAAAGUUACGCAAUUUGAGGAAAUGGACACUUGCACAAAGGCAUCCUUGGAGGAUGGUCAAUGCCAGUAUUUGUCAAUUGUGAAGGAUGUCGAACCAUUCCGGAUUGAUAGUGCAUGGAAUAUCGAUCGACUGCAAAUGUGGGAUGAAAUAUACAACUAAGAUGGUACAAGUGCAUACCUAAAGUGCCUUACAAAGUUAAAGUAUGCGGAACUAUAAUUUGGUAAUCGGAUAUUUUAACCCUUAACUGGUAUCCUGAAUUUGACGUAUGUAUGUACGUAAAAAACAAAACAUGAUAUGGAGUUCGCACAGCCCCUACGAUAUCAGUUAAUUGUUAGAUAUAAAUGCAUUUCGGUUUAUUAUACAAAAUAUUAAAAAUUAUUCUCAAUGACAGCAAUGAAUUGACCUUUUUAAUGCAAGAUUUUUUAUCAAUAUCAAUAUAAUUUAUACAAG